AUGGAUACCAAUAAAAAGGUUUCUUUUAAUACUACAAUGAUAACUUAAUCAUUAUAUACUACUUCUAAUUCAAUAUAGGAUGAUAACAAAUUAGUUAAAAAUAUUUAAACUAAAAUUCAUUAAAUUUUAAAAGGAGGAAAUAUAGAAAAUGAAUAUUCACAUAAAUUAAAAUGUAGAAUUCCAUUAUUAUAAAAUGUUGAUUGUCAAAAAUUAUGCAAUAAAUUAAUCAAAUUUAAUGAACAAUAUUAAAUAAAUGAAUUCGAUAAGAAUUAAAUAGCAAUAAAUAACAAAGUCUUAAGAUCAUAUAAGUUUAAUUCUGUUUUAUCAAAAAGGAGAUUAACAAAAAGUUAAUAAUAAAAAAAUACAAUUUAGAUUUAAAAUACAAAAUAACAAUCAGAAGAUAAAUAGAAUAAAAUAUUCAAUACAGAAUGGCCAGAAUAUCAGAAUAUAUAUGAUUUACAUAAUCUCUUAACUCCUAAUUCUUUAGAUAUGAGUCAUGCUUAUGAUGAAGUUUAAUUUAUUAAAUCAAAAAUUAUAAAACGUCACCAAGAUGUUAUCGUCAUACCCUAAAGUAAUCGUAACAUAAUAAGAAAUAAGAAACCCCAAAAAUUUAUUGAUUUAGAUUAGAUAUAUGUCGUUUAACCUAACUAAAUAUUAACUAGUAGAGUAGUUUUUAAACCUAAUAAUAAUGGAGAAUCAUUAAAUUAAAGAAAACAUUACUCAUUCUAAAUUUGA